AAUCCAAUCCCAUCGGUACAAACACAACAACACCGUGGAAAACGCCACCCAAUGCCAAUAAUAGCGCGCCACUGAGUCAAAGUCAAUUAUUCAAAAACAUUUCAUUUCAUAUAACACACUCUGUCAGCACUAAUAAAAGCUGUUCCAAUCCAUACAUAAACAACAACAACGAUCAUCUUCCUAACAAACUCACAAUCAAUCAAUCUGAGCUUCUUCUUUUUCUUCAACAAAAAAGCAAAACCCUAGGUCUCUGUCUUUCUUUCGGAGCUAUGAUGGAAAGAGGGGUCACCUUGGAGGUCGGAAACGAUGGCGUUGCGAUCAUUACCUUUUAUAAUCCACCAGUGAACGCCUUAGCCAUUCCAAUUCUUGACGGUUUGCAGGAGAUAUUCGCCGAGGCCGUGAGGAGAGAUGAUGUGAAAGCUAUCGUUUUGACUGGCAAAGGAGGGAGGUUUUCUGCUGGGUUUGACAUUAAUGUUUUCGAGAAGGUUCACCAGACUGGCGAUGCUUCAGUUAUGCCUGAUGUAUCGAUUUCUCUUGUGGUCAACACAAUCGAAGAUUGCAAAAAGCCUAUAGUUGCUGCUGUAGAAGGACUUGCUCUUGGAGGUGGCUUAGAAGUGGCAAUGGGAUGCCAUGCACGAAUUGCAGCACCAGGAGCUCAACUUGGCUUGCCUGAGCUGACUCUUGGAGUAAUUCCAGGGCUUGGAGGCACACAACGUCUUCCAAGGCUUGUAGGACUGCCAAAGGCUAUUGAGAUAAUGCUGUUAUCCAAACCAAUCAUGUCAGAAGAAGGGAAGAAGCUAGGCCUUAUUGAUGCUCUUGUGGCCUCUGAAGAGUUGCUAAAAGUAUCUCGGCAAUGGGCUUUAGACAUAGCAAAUAUGCGCAAACCAUGGGUCCGUUCCCUUCACAGGACAGACAAGAUUGGUUCCCUUUCUGAAGCACGCAAUCUAAUAAAUAUUGCAAGGCAGCAAGCCAGAAAAACUGCCCCAAAUAUGCCUCAGCAUCAGGUCUGCCUUGAUACGAUCGAGGUGGGCAUUGUUCAAGGAGGAUAUAGUGGAGUUCUACAGGAGAAAAAAGUUUUUAACGAUGUAGUCUCAUCAGAUACUUCAAAAGGACUUGUUCAUGCCUUUUUUUCCCAACGUGCAACAUCCAAGGUGCCUAAUGUCACUGAUGUCGGGCUUAAACCAGGGCAUGUAAAGAAAGUUGCUGUUAUUGGGGGAGGUCUAAUGGGUUCUGGCAUAGCUACAGCUCUUACUUUGAGCAAUAUUUUUGUAGUUCUCAAGGAAGUCAACUCCGAAUAUCUUCUGAAGGGAUUAAAAUCAGUAGAAGCAAAUGUUCGAGGGUUAGUAACAAAAGGAAAGUUGACACAAGAUAAAGUGCAAAAAACCUUAUCAAUGCUUAAAGGUGUAUUGGACUACUCAGAAUUUAAAGAUGUGGAUAUGGUCAUAGAGGCUGUCAUUGAGAGUGUUCCUUUAAAACAAAAAAUAUUUAGUGAGAUUGAGAAAGCUUGCCCUGCCCAUUGCAUUUUAGCAACAAACACAUCUACUAUUGACCUCAACAUAGUUGGGGAAAAGACAAGCUCUCAAGAUCGCAUUGUGGGGGCACAUUUUUUCAGUCCUGCUCAUGUGAUGCCUCUUCUGGAGAUUGUAAGGACAGAGAAGACAUCUGCUCAAGUAAUCCUUGAUCUCAUGACAGUUGGGAAAAUCAUUAAGAAAGUUCCUGUUGUAGUGGGUAACUGCGCUGGCUUUGCAGUCAAUCGGACAUUUUUCCCAUAUUCGCAAGGUGCACAUCUUCUGGUAAACUUAGGUGUGGACGUGUUCAGAAUUGACAGGGCAAUCAGCAGUUUUGGCCUCCCCAUGGGUCCUUUCCAGCUUCAAGACGUAGCUGGAUAUGGAGUAGCCAUGGCAGCUGGGAAAGUACUUGCUGAUGCAUUCUCUGAUCACUCAUUUACGUCACCAUUGGUUGAACUUUUGCUGAAAAAUGGAAGAAAUGGUAAAAACAAUGGGAAAGGAUACUACAUUUUUGAAAGGGGGAGCAAGCCGAAACCUGACCCAUCCGUGCUACCAAUUAUUGAGGAGUCUAGACGGCUAACCAAUAUUAUGCCCGGUGGAAAGCCUAUAUCUGUUACUGACCAAGAAAUAGUGGAGAUGAUACUCUUUCCAGUGGUUAAUGAGGCAUGUCGUGUUUUAGAUGAAGGGGUAGUUGUUCGAGCAUCAGACCUUGACACUGCAUCUGUUCUUGGAAUGAGUUUUCCAUCUUUCCGUGGUGGUAUUGUUUUUUGGGCAGAUACAGUUGGGCCUAACCAAAUUUAUGCAAGUCUGAAGAAAUGGUCAAAACUGUAUGGAAAUUUUUUUGAACCAUCAAGGUUUUUGGAAGAGAGAGCAACAAGAGGCAUCCCAUUGAGUGCGCCUUCUUCACCAUCUCCAACAUCAAAGUCACGCUUGUGAGCUGUGGUUUUACAUCCACUCUGACCUGAAGCAAGCACAGAGUAUGAAGAAGAGAAAUAAAGGUGUCUUUUAUUUUUCGGGCUUGUAAUUUUUUUACAGAAGUUCAGAAGUAAUAAGACGUUGGUUUCCCAAUGUGUUUUUUGUUUUCCACAACAGCAAACACAUUGUCUUUCUUUAAUAAAAUUAUUAUUAUUGUUCCUGGAA